ACAGGAGGAGACCUAGAUCGGAUUAAUGGGGAUAUUCUGGCUCGUUAUAGCCCUUUGAACCACGUCCUUCUAGGAUCGGACAACAGGCGAACUCUAUGGUGAUCUGGCUAAUGAGGAAAGUUGCUCAGUAAAGACAGCCUCCCUUGUGAUGCUAAUCUUGGGUCCGUGAGAAGGGGGUGAGAGGAUUCCGGCCCCGGACGGGUGUGCCGGUCAGAUGUGCUGCCCAUGUAGGGAUGCGAUGGAUACUUGCCAGCACAUAGGCGGCUGGCCGCGAUACAGCAAGAGAACGCUCCCCGAGGCCGGGGCUAAAGGACGGCAGCGGGUGAGGGUCUGCGGACGAUGAGUUGUGUCUGCAGCCAUGUAUGUAUCCGUAUCCGCCCACGGACGCGCAGUUCGCGCAGUCGCCCAUACCCCCCUGCCAUCACCUAGGCAGUCAGGUAGGUAUGAGAGGGUAUUUCGCCUGGUGCCGUGGCAGCUAAUUUUUGGUACUAGAAAUUUUCAGCGGGUCCCUUCCGAUAAGCAACGGGCGGGCCGGCUCUGGCGCGAGCGCCCGUCGAUGUAUGGCACCACCCGGCCUGGGGAGGAGGGGAGGAGGCAGCCAGUGUCUCCGUAUGUCCGUCCGUCCGUCCGUCCAACGUCGCGCUCGUUUGCGAGCCAGUGUGUCCUCGUUGCUUUUUGCCCCGUGGCGGGCGCCGCCUGGGACGUACGGCGUCUCGUGGAGGGAGGUCGCGAUAUGGGCCAGUUAUGUCGCGUGUGUUUUGCAUACCUCGUCAUAACGCCUGCUCCCGUGAUCGGGGACGACGGCUGGUGCAUGGGCAGGGCAGCAAUACCAGCCGAAUGCGACGCGCCGCCGUGGCUUGGGAGGGUGCUUGCUGUGCUGGUGCUUCGCCAGCACUGAUGCUAUGUACCUAGGUAGGCAUGUAUCUAGGUGGGCAUGUACCUAGGUAUGUAUGCAGGCAAGCCCAAAGGGGUGGAGGGAGGGGGAAGCGCGCUGGCCAUUCGGGAGCACGAGCGAGAGGCCCCCCUCGCUCCCGGGGGGGGGGUGUGGGCAUGCUAUAGGCAAGCUGUGGGCAGGGUAAGCC